AUGAAAUAGAAGAAAGUAUUUCAAGUUGAUCGUGAAAGACUCAAUAAGCUGAAAACAAAAGAAUCAACUGCUUGCUUAGACUGGGCACUUAAAUAACCUAACAUAAAUGAACUAUAAUCUACAAUUUAAUAAAUGUCCUUUAUCGAAUUGCAUUUAGAAAUAGAAAAUAUUGAAAUGUAAGGAGUUUGCCAUAUUUUGUGCAAUAACUAAAUGCAAUUAAAAUUCAUUUCAAUUGCUAAUGGGUUAUUAAUAUUUUAAGAAACUAAUUGUGUUGUUUUGAGUGACUGUGUAAUCUAGAAAAAGAAAUUCCAUUGUCAUCAUAACUAACUAUUUUUGAUUAUAGUAUAAAAUCAUGGAGGAAGACUUAUCUUAAUAUUCUAGCAUCCAAUGUCAUAAAAAGAAUGGUUUAAGAAUUUGAAAUUAUCAGCAAAACAAAUCGAUUUUCUUAAAAAAUAUAGAAUCUAAGAUAAUAUAUGCUUAAAUUUUUACUCAAUAUCUCAUAAGAAGAAGAAGAAAAAGUUUGCAGCCUAAAUUAUCAAUCGUAAAACUUUCAAAUCCUAUGAUUAGUAAGAAAUUGUUAAUAAUUAUAUUAAAAUUUUGAGAAAUACUAAUAUCUAAAACGUAUUUCCUAUCAUUAGUAUUUUCGACGAUAAUGAUAUUCUUUAUCUCUUGACUGAUUAAUUUAUUGGUAGUUCUUUUGAAUAAUUAUUAUCUAAUCAAAAAACCAUUGUUACCCAGGCGGAUUUAGCAUUUAUAAUUUUUUCUGUUCUUUAGAACUUAAGAAGCUUAUAAGAUGAAGAUCUUUUUCAUGGAAAUUUGAAUCUAGACAAUAUCAUUAUUGUUAAUUAAUCAGGAUAGCUGGGAGUCUAUGUAAUCAAUCCAAUUUAUAAAUUAUAUAAAUAAAAGUAGAUCGAUUAUUAUCUUAACAUUGUUCCUGACUAUCUUCUUGCUCCUGAAAUUAAUGAGAAUUAAACUCCUUCAGUUUGUAGCGACGUUUACUAAUUAGGAAUCAUAUUAAUGUUAGUUAGCUUUUAUAGUAUAUCGUAAAAACUAAAUAACUCCUUUAUUGAAAGAGUACUAAAUAAUAAAGAAAUCUUGACAUCUUAAUAAUAGAUCAAGUUUUAAAAAUGUCAAGAUUCAGAUUUUCCAUAUCUGUUUAGUGCGUGUUAAUUAGAUUUGAUUAUGUAAAUGACUGAAAGCGAUCCAAGUAAAAGAAUCUAGGUCCAAGAUGCAUUAAAACAUGCAUGGUUUAUUAAUACUAAAGAUAAAAUCAAAACUCAAAAAUAAAAUUUUAACAGAGAUCUGCCAAGUUUAAAAACUAUUAUAGAAAUGGUCGAACAAAGCGAUUAUGACAUCAAAAGAAAAUCCCUUUAGAGCACAGCAAUAAAUUUUAAAUUACCCCUACAAAAAUACGAAUUCAGCCCUUACGUCUAAUAAUAACCGGAAUUAAGUCCUCUUAGAAAGACCUCAGAAAGUUUAAAUGAAGUUCUAGAUGAAGAGCAUUAAAUAAGCAAUCUAAUUGAUUAAUUGAACAACAAAUAAUAUAUAAUGUUACCUUCAUAAUAUAACCAUUUCACUUAAGCCAAGAGUUAAUUGAGACUUGUCUAAACUGAAAAUAAUUUAGAUUAAUUACAUAUUUGA